UGGACGCUGUGUGUGUGUGUGUGUGUGUGUGAACUGGGUUCCCCAUGCCCUCACAAUCCCACAUGGAGCAGUUAAAGCAGGAGGUGCACAGCGAGUCUUUCUGGCGGGCUUUGCCCGCCGAAUUCCUGGGCACGGCUGUGCUGGUGUUUUGCGGCGUGGCCAGCGCCCUGGACUGGGCUGGGGAGCAGCCCGACACCCUGCAGGUGGCCCUGGGCUUCGGGCUGGCGGUCUCUGCCGCCUCGCUCUGCACAGAGGGGGUAGGCGCCGGCCACCUGAACCCCGCCGUCAGCCUGGCCCUGCUCCUCGGUCUGCGCAUCAGCCCGCUGCGAGCGCUACUCUCCGCCCUGAUGCAGGGCUUGGGCGCGAUCGCAGCCUGCGCCCUCCUGUACGUACUCACCCCACCCGGCGUCCGCGGAGAGCUGGGGCUCAGCAAGCCUUCUGCAGGGGUUACAUCGGUCCAGGCCUUGGUGAUUGAAGUUAUUGUCACCUUUCAACUUGUAUUGUGUGUUUUUGUCCUCUCGCAAAAGGAAAGCAACCAUGAGGGAUCUGCACACUUGACCCUCGGCAUCUCUGUGACCCUUGGACAUUUGGUGGCGAUCCGAUUCACUGGGUGCAGCAUGAAUCCUGCGCGCUCCCUGGGACCUGCUGUUAUAACAUCAAACUUCUCUCAGCACUGGAUCUUCUGGGUGGGACCUCUGCUGGGGGGAGCCUUGGCUGUGAUUGUGUACAGUUUUCUGCUGUCGCCAAAGAGAAUCCAGUGUGGAGGCCUGAGCACAUUGAAGACAGAUACAAAGCUGGAACACAAGGUGGAGUCCCAGCCCUAGUUACAAAGGGCAGGCCCAAACUCAGCUGCGUCACACUGCUUGACAAACAGUAUAUUAAUUUUAAUAUAUUAAAAUGUGAUUAAAAUUUUAAAAAAAUCAUGCAUUUAAUUGCAAUAGUAUAUUGAUGAUUCUGGAGAUGUAUUUACCCAAAGGCAGGCAGACCAAUAGGAAUGCAGUGUAGUCAUAUGAUGUAAUGUUUCCUGUAACCAGAAAUACUGAGGGUCCCACUGAGUUAGUUGUUAACAUUUCAUCCAAACACAAUUUUGACUCAAGAAGAAAUCCAAGCAAAUGUAGUCUUUAGACUGCAGGCAGUGGUUUGCGGAGUGAUUGGAUCUUCUAGCCAACACGUCCUGGAUAAAACUGAACCAAAGUUAUCUCUGCAGAUUUGUACCACAAAACAAAACUGGCCACAAUCCAAAACCUACAAUGAACAUGUUCAAUAGAACUUAGCUCAGUCAUCCCAUGGAGUUCCACCUAGUCUUCUCACCUUUCCAUAUCCACCCAAGCAUCAUUACCCUUUCUCUUGAUCUAUCAGGUUCUUGACGGCUCUCAACAGAGCGAAACCAUCAGUGCCAUUUCCCCCUCUCUGCUUCUCUGUAACAGGCAUAAUAACAACCAUUUCAGCUUCAGUUUCAGGCAGUGCCUGGUGUCCAUGAGAAAUCCCAGUCUAUGGGAACCUGGAAUUGUCAGACACAGCCAGGAAGGGCUUUAGAAGGUACAUGCAGCAAUACUGUUAUCAAUCUCAACUGCUUCAGUAAAAUAAUAAUUGCGAGCUUGUUUACUCUUACAACACUUUAAACUCAUUUGAACUUUCACUCAUUUUGUCUGUGCAGACAGAACCAUUGUUACUCUGGUAACUUGGUCGCAAAUGAAAUGUUGAAUAAUUCAUGUACCUCAAGUUUAGAACCAUGUGACAGGCGGGAAAAUGGAGGAGGUGGAGGAAGAGGGUCAACUGGGGACUGACAAGCUAGAGUGUCCUUGGGACGUGGGAGGAAAUGCUUGUUGGUGUUCAGUGCUGUGGAAUUCACUUCAUCAAUUGUCUGGAGAACAGGUUAAAAAGAUCCAGCCUUGGUCAGGAGAUGCAGAACUAGGAUCUGAUUGCCCAGAACAGCCCGGUCUUCGAGAGCUGACCACAGGUACUUCCGGUUAGCUAAACAUUGAAGUUCUAGGCUGAUGAAUCACUGUUAGUAAGAUGGCAGUUAGAGUGAUAUCUUGUGUACUCAAAGCUCCUGAAGCCAAUUAUAUUCUGCCAAUUUUCUCGUACUUAAUCACACCAGUAAAGAUACAAUCACUGUAUCAAAUACAGCCUGUUAGGCUACGGCUGGAUUAUUUGAUACAGUUUUGCUCACCACAUUAAAGGAAGGACAUACUGGAGAUUUACCAGAAUUCACCAACUUUUCAGUUGGGAUAAGCUGGGUUCGUUUUCAUGGGAGAGGGAGGACACGAUAGAGGUGUAUGAAAUCAUAUGAGGUGUAGGUCAUGUAGAAACAAAGAAAUUAUUCCCCAUAGUAGAGGGGUCUAAACUUGAAUUAGGGUUAAACAAAGGGGUAGUAGAUUUAGAGGGGAGCUGAGUGAGAACAUUUUCACUGGAGGGUAAUGAGAAUCUGGAACACACUACCUGGGGGGGCAGUGGAGGUAGGGGGUCACAGCAUUUAUAAGGUAUCUGGACAAGCACUUCAAUUGCCAAGGCAUGGAAGAUUGGCAAACAAGGUGCGCUAAAGGGCCUGUUUCUGUGAUGUGUGGGUGUUUUUGUUUGCUUGGGGGCAGGGAAGGAAGUUUAUUGGCCAGAACAACAUAUGUAAUCUUCUCUGUGUGCCUGGAUGGUGCCUGAGUAGGGUCUUUUCCAAAUGGCAGAUCUCCUGUAUCCAGAAUUCUCUUGGUGGCCCAGAAUCUGCUCAUCGAUUCACAGUCCAAUAAGAACAACAAUGUUCAGACCAUAGGAUUACUGUUUAUUAAAUGCUCCCAGUGCAAAUCUGUCUCCUUGAACAAGGUUGCUAGACCAAUCAGAUUACUUACUUUAUUUUCAUUUGCUAAAUCAGAUUUCACUCAUCUUUCAGCAAAUGAGUUCCAUCUGAGUCUCCGGCUCCUGGGUUGUGAGGGCAGCAGGAAUUGGGAUCAAUGAGGUGACUGUCUGGAGACAGCAACUCGUGCAGAGUGUGUUCACUGGCAGUGACCCAUCACAGACUGUGUGGGUAUGUGGGGCAUGUGACCAUGGGAAACAUCCACACUGAAAAACUUGAUGAAAUAAGCCAAAUCAUCUUUAGAUUGAAGAGUUGAUAGAAUGUAAGGUUGGAGAGGAUUUGCAGGAGUCCUAUAUUGUUGUUUGCACUCGAGGGAUUUGAACUGCUGCCAAUGGAUAAAGCAGGCUCUGGGGCAUGCUACCAGACAGAGUACAAUGGAAAGGAAUGCCAGGCAGAGGCACACUCCUCAGCCAAUCUGCAACAGCCCCUCUUACACAUUGCCCAAAGUUAAUAUUACACUCAGCAUACAAAGAAGCAGCUCCCUUCAACACGUACCUAUUAAUACCGGGUACAACAGGGUGAGACAUAGAGUGAAGGUCCCCUGUGUGUCAGUGCACACCCUCUAUUCCUCCAUGGCAACCCAAAAAUGUCCAGUCUAACCCGCUGAACAAACAUUGUCAGUCAGCAACUAGACCAGUGUUGAUGAAAUGCUCUGAGACUGUUUGUAGAGUUCUGUGUGGUUCUUUUCCUGUGAAUGAUAAAUACCUUAAAAAUAAAGUGAUAAAAAUAA